AUGGUGCUGACAGAUUAUAGUGUUAAUCUCCGCGAGAGCGCAUGGUUGAGGUUCAAUAUGGAAACUUCAUCUUCUGAAGUGUUAGAUACACAGUGUUCAGUUCAAUCCCAAGGUCGUGCCGCCGCCAUGAGCGCCAUGUCAGGAAAGCGCCUUUUCCGCCCUUGGCAGGACGACACCCAGUCGCCCAAGAGGGUCCGACUCUCUCCGCCCGCUGCGCCACCGACACCGCCGCCCUCCGUGUCUCCUGCGCCCUUGUGCGACGCCAUCAAAACUGAAACGUGGACGCCCUCCAGCCCCCCGCCCGCCGCCCUCCACCCCGCCGCCCUCCACCCCGCCUUCCUCCCGCAGCGCCAUCUGCUGCCCGGCCUCAGCCUGGCCGCACUCAGCACGCAGCACCUUCUGAUCCCCGCGCUAACCCUAGCCUCCUCACUCAGCGCCGCGCCCCUCUCGCCGCCCUCCGACCCCCUCGCGGAGGACGCCAACAGCAGCGCCGCAGCACGUCGGCCCCGCCCCAAGAAGUUUUCGUGCAGCGAGUGCGGCUCCACCUUCAGCAACAAGGGCCAGCUGAAGGGCCACCUGCGGAUCCACACCGGAGAGAGGCCCUUCGCCUGCGGCCACGAGGGCUGCGACAAGCGCUUCACCAGGAACGAGGAGCUGACCCGCCACCGCCGCAUCCACAGCGGCGCGCGCCCCUUCCCGUGCCCUCUGUGCGACAAGCGCUUCGGCCGGAAGGACCACCUCAAGAAGCACGUCCGCACGCACCAGCGACAGCCGCUGCUGCCGCCGCACCCACUCCUGCACCACCUGCAGCAGUUCCAGCUGCAACAGUUCCAGCUGCACUAG